GACUUCCGGGGUCCUGCACACCGGAGGGACUCAGCAGCCGGGGGCGCGGAGGCUCCCCUUGAAGAUCCGGCUCUGGAGAGACAAGAGGGAGGAAGGGCAGCGAGCCUGCCUGGUAGGGGUGCGCAGGGGUGGGGGCAGCGGAGGAGACUUGCGCGCUAGCUCCGGUACUGGGGCGCGGGCAGCGUAGCCCUGGGCCGCUCUCGAGUCUGGCAGUGCAUCGGCGCGACCUGGAGUGAAGGCCGAGACGAGGCGGGGUCGGGGUGGGGGUCCAAGGCCAGUACAAGACGCAGGGGUGUGGGGGACUGGGCUAGGAGCACAGGGGAGCGCUCAGUGAGCGAUUUUCCAGCCGAGCCGCUACAAGCCCCAUUGGGCACUCAGCAGCCGGCGUGUGGGCCAGCGGGGGGAGGGCGCACGGGGCGGGCAUGUCUGGUUCGGUGUCUGGUUCCCGUUGUUGUGUCUGGCUAAUUCCCUGGAAAGAAAGAGGCUAACUGCUCCGGGGACUAGGGGCUUUGGUGAGACAAGGUGAGAGGGGGAAAAAGGCCCAUAUCUUUAUGUUCUCCCUCGGACUUGGCCAGAGAAGAACCACAGUCACCUUGCACUCCAGACAGCCAGAAAGCAGCGAGUCGGCACCUUGCUUGUCUCCCUCUUAUCCCAGCCGGUUUUUAGCCAUCGCUAAGCCUAGGGCGAGGUUUCGGUCCGGUUUCAGCGUUUCUCUUCUACCUAGUCCCCUGAGGACCCCAGAUUUCUCGCGGUACAGAUCCAGAGAGGGUGGGGUAAGUAAGAAUGGGGAACGUCACCGGGGAAACGAACUUGCGCGCAGCGCGCAGGAGGCGGCGGACAAAGGUCUUGCGCGGCGCCCCUGCUCGACUCUUGGCGCUGGCGCGAUGGCGCCCGAAGGCCCCGGGACAGAGAGAGUGCGGGCUAAUCUGGGUAGAUCGAGGACCCCGCAGAGGAGCGCCCACCGGCCAUCGCCUCCACACCCUCCCUCCGACCUCACACCUAGCCCCCCGCGCGCACUGGCACAGCAACUCGGGCAGCGGGUCGACUACGGCCGCUGGGAAAGUAACAGGUUACCGUUCCUAGUAGCGCCUUCGGCGGCUACUGCCCAGGCGCCCUUUGGAGGGACAGGCGCUCGCAGCGUGGAAGCUCAAGGGAAAAUCGCUCUUGCCCCACUUCAACUAGAGCCUCAGCCUCCGUGCGUCCCCGGGGGGUGAAUCCGGAGGGCAGGGAUAAGAAGAAUGACGAGGGCGGGGGGAUCCCUGCGCAGCGCACCCGUGGAGAGCAGGGACUAGGGCGGGCAGGAAGCACUCAUUUCGGGAGGUUGGGUGGCCGGCGCUGGGGAUGGGGUUGGUUGAGAAGCCGCGGGCGGAGACGACCUGGCUGAAAAGCCACGGUUGGGCUCUGGGAAAUCCAGGUGGUCGCUCGCUUACCCACCUCGGCUCGGCGACAGCGAGCCGGGCAGUCCGGCUUUUCCUCUGCACAGCGCCCAGCGAUCCGCUCGGCUCGGCCCUGACAGGCGUAAUCUGCCCGGCGUCACCUCCAGCUGCUUCCUCGUUCUCGCUAGUUCCGUCUCGCACGCGAGCGCCAGGAGAAGAGAGAGAUUCGGGGAGGCGGCUGCACGGCUUCGGGGAGACGAGCGGCGGUUUUGCCUCAGUCCUUUUCCCCGGGGUUCCCCCAGAUCUGUGACCCUGCGACGCUUCCUUGAGCGAAAGCGCGCUUUGGGUCGUGUCCUCGUUGACUCUGUACGGAGCUGGGAUUGUUGUAACGGCAAAGGAGGCAGAAAUGAGGGGAGACCUCUCAGACCAUGGAGGAAUUACAGUUUCCUCAUCCAGCCCUAGGCCUCAUCAAAGUACCACACCUGGCCACAGCUACCCGGUGCCACCGGCAGAGAAAAGGACCCCGCGUCCCUUUCGCUAUGCGCUCGCCCCUCGCUUUGGCCCUGGUGAUGGGAAAAGAAGGCCUCCUGAUGAAUCACGUCUGAAGGUUGAUGGCAUGCACGAGCGCCGCUGCACGCUCAUGGGGAACCCGAGCACAGAGGUGCCCCGGGAGGGGAGGACUAGCCCCCCUUGCCCUGGCCCACUGCCCCGGCCCACUGCCCCUUCGAUUUCACGUGCUUUAAGGAUUCUCCCUUUGCAACAUUUAGGCGUAGUUGAAAGAACCGCUGCGUUGGGAAAAGCCCCUCGCCGUAAAAAUGCGUUGAUAGAGAAAUUCCCACCAGAGGGCGCCAAGAGCCCAGAGACCCAGCGGCCCUGCUCUCCCGGGUCUCUCCUCCAGCGCCCGAGCAGAGCCCACACCUGGAGCUGCCGGCCAGGCGGUUACGCGCCGGCCUGCCUCUUCAUGCCUUCCCUCACCGCCCUGUCACUAGUUUAAGUUCUCCCCUUUCUUCUCCCCCAGUUUCUUUUUCUUUAGGGCAAAAAAGUUGAUGUCUGUGCGUGUCUGGGUGACACCGUGUAGGUAAUGAUUCCUUUACUGGUAUUUACCAUGGUCCUCCCCCUCUCCCCCGGUGUUGCAGCACGCAGGGGUUAUUUAUACGCACGUCUGGGGCCUCACUGGUUCAACCAAGGCCCGUGCGUUUUCUUGGAAUGCCUUAUCGCCUUUCACCACAACACAAUGUAAACACACACACACAAAUAUUAUAAAUCACCGAGAGUUCCAUAAGGGAGAUCGAAGGGUCCGCCCUGGGCAGACAUGGCCUGAUCAGCAAGAGGGAUCUCGCUGUGGGGUUUGAAAUAAUCUCGUUGCCUUUGGUACUAAAGAAACUACUGUUUUGUCGCCUUGUCUCCACCUGACAAUAAAAUCCCGGGCACUUUUUAGGACACAAAAAACAUCCUAAACGGCGGGGCGCGCGGUGACUGCAGCCCUGGGCACUGAGGCUUGGGGCUGGACAGGCUGGGGGUGCCUGCUCCACGUAGGAAACGUCCCCCCAAACCACUCAACCGGCAGCUGCUCUGCGCCGCUUGAAGUGGUCGGCAUACAACCAGGUGAAGCUCGGAAUUCCAUCCACCGGCCCUCCUAGAGCCUUCCCCUAAACGAGACGGUCGCACCAAUCAGGGAGCCAGGUGCCAGUGCUAAAUCAUUCAAGACGCACGGGGCAGGAGACAGGAGGGAGGAGGCAACAUAUCUCCUGGUGCCGCUCGUUCUUCAUUGUCCAGCAUAGAUGCCCGCUCGCCCUGUCUCCUCAACCUUUUCCCAAAACCCGUGAUUCCCUGGAAAGGAAGAUUCGUUGACUUCACCUGUGGCACGAGAUUGAGACAUUUCCAACCAUUUCCUCCUUUGACCCCAGAGUUCAAAACACCCCUAACGUUUUAGCCAAUAAAAUAAUCUCGUUGGAGAAGGAAUCUCCUGCAAGGCUAGGUAUCGCAAGCUGAAGCUGAGUCCGUCCAGCUUCGAGGACAUCCCUCUCUUUCUCCUUUAUGGUGAGUAGGGGAGGAAUAAAGCCUCUUGCCCGUCCUUGUUUAGAAUGUUUAAUUGAAUAUUAGCAACAAUUGAUUAAACGAAUAUUUAUUAAUCCCCUA